AUGACCAAGCUUAGUUUUAAGACCUUCAACUAUUGGGGGUAUGGGAUAUAUAAUGAUUUGAAAAGUAGGAUACCUCACUAUAAAUCUGAUUUUGUAGAUGCUUUCAAUUAUAGAGUGAUUCCAUCGACUACAUUUAUAUUUUUCACUAAUUUAUUACCAGCAUUAGCAUUUUCUCAAGAUAUGUUUGAUAAAACAAAGAAUUCUUAUGGAGUUAAUGAAGUUUUAAUGAGUUCUGCCUUAGCUGGAGUAGUAUUUGGAUUAUUUUCUGGUCAACCAUUAUGUAUAGUGGGAGUAACAGGUCCUAUUUCAAUUUUUAGUUAUACUGUCUUUGAAUUAAUUGAACCAAGAGGCACACCUUAUUUCCCAUUCAUGUGUUGGAUUUAUUUAUGGUCUAUGGUAUUUCAUUUUGUUAUUGCCUUAGGUAAUUAUAUAUCCUUUCUUAAGAUCAUUAGUUUAUUCUCAUGUGAUGCAUUUGGUUUCUUUAUUUGUUUAGUAUAUAUACAAAAGGGUAUUCAAAUCCUUGCUAGACAAUUUGAUGAUGGUAAUUUAGCAAGUGGUUACUGUUCAGUAAUGAUCUCAUUAUUAAUGAUAAUUUGUGGAGUUGGAAGUUUCCUCUUUGGGAAAUAUUUACAUUAUUUUAAUCAUUGGAUUAGGAAAAUCUUUGUAGAUUAUGGUGUUUGUAUUUCUGUUAUAUUCUUUACAGGUUUUAUCCAUUUUGGAGGUCAUUUAUCAGAAACAGACUUAGCUAGAUUACCUACUGCUUCUUCAUUUCAACCAACUUUUAAUGGAUUAGGUAGAGAACAUGGAUGGUUCAUUCAUUUUUGGCCAGGAGAGAACAUUGCAGUUAGUGAUGUAUUCUUAGCUAUACCAUUUGCUAUUUUAUUAACAUUUUUAUUUUACUUUGAUCAUAAUGUUUCAUCGCUUAUGUGUCAACUGAAAGAAUAUCCCCUUAAGAAACCUUCAUCAUUCCAUUGGGAUUUCUUCUUAUUGGGUAUAACUACAGGUAUUGCUGGGAUAUUAGGAUUACCAGCACCCAAUGGAUUAAUUCCUCAAGCUCCUCUUCAUACUGAUUCAUUGGUAGUUCAUAAUAAACAAGGUAAAGUUCUAUCAGUGGUUGAACAAAGAGUUACCAAUACAGUUCAAGGUUUAUUAACAUUUAUAGUAAUGACUAAACCUUUCUUAGUUGUAUUAGGUUUAAUACCUCAAGCUGUAUUAUCAGGUUUAUUCUUUAUUAUGGCUAUAACAGGUUUACAUGGUAAUAUAGUUACUAAUCGACUCCGAUUUCUUUUUCUUGAUGCUGAAUAUAUCGAAUAUGAUGAUACAUGUCCAGAAAUGUUUAAACAGAUGCAAAGGUAUGAAAAUAAAAAAUGGUUCUAUAUAUAUUUAUUAUUAGAAGUAAUUGCGGGUGUAUCAGAAUUUGCAAUUACAUUAACUAAAGGGGCAGUUGGAUUUCCUGGUGUAUUAAUGCUUUUUGCAAUUUGUGCUAAAUGGAUUUGGCCCCUAAUAAUUCCUAAAGAAGAAUUAGCUAAAUUGGACGGAGAUGUUGCCGAUCAGAUAAUUCUUGAAAACUUAAAUAUUAUAGAGUAUAUUAAAGUUAAAGAAAAUAAUUCUCAGUCGUAUAAAGAUGAAUUAGAGGAGAAUAUUUCAAACUUUGAAAUUGUACAUAGACACAGCACAAAGUAA